GCAGAAUCCUUGUUAGGUAGAAUUAGAAACAGACACCAAGAAAUUGGAUCAAUUCUUAGUCAGUUUAAAGGACCAAGAUACAGUACAUGCCCAGGGCUGAGUGUGACUAAGCGAAAGGUGAAGAAAAGAUUACAGCAGCCUUCAAAAGUAGUUGAAUACAACUCUGAAAAACUUGAUGGCAUAUCUGAACAAGCCGCCAGACGAAGGCGAAAAGAAACAAUUCUCACCUGUCAAGGUAUCCAUGGUUGAUCUAAUGAAAACAACUCACCCACUCUCGAUGGAAUGUGGUGCACUUUGGUUAAUUAGGCCACCCCAGAUAAGUUGAAAGCGUACUUUGCCAACUCCAAUAAGACAAGCAAGAAGGUAAUCGGAUCUGUUGUAAAAAGCUAUGUAACUUCAUUUGAAGCAUCCCAGGAUAAUAUAACCAGAAGUGUAAAAGUACUUUACAGUAAAGGUUUAUUAAGUAAAGAAAAAUAUAAGGCUGUGCGACUAAACAUAUCCAUGGGGUCUAAUAAUAAGAGCAAAGGAAGAAAAUCGUUUAAGAUAUGUCAAGAUGUACGAAUUCCCAAAUUAUUGCCAUAUGCCAAGUUAAUUAAAUAUAUCAACAGUGUAAAUGUUGGGAAUGUCAAACAACUGAAUGAUUUUUGUGAUUCAAAUGAGAAAGUUAAUGGAGCUUAUAGGGAAUUACAUGAGUUCUUGCCUAUUUUAGCUGAGUUGUACAUAGAGAUUCAUAAAUUGUUAGGAUGUAAUUCGUACUUGAUGAAAUUUGGGUAUGAGCAUUACCAUUUCCUUGUUUCGAUCGGAGCUGACGGUGCUCCAUUUGGCAAACAUGAUGAGGCAACGGCAUGGCUUGUUUCCUUUCUGAAUAGUGGGGAUAGGAUUACAAGCCAAAACGAAAACUUCUUGUUUGCUGGGGUUAACUGUGCUGAAGAUCAUGUUUGCAUGAAGCGUUUUGCAAAAAAGAUUGUAAGUGAUGUUAAGGCUAUUGAAUCAAAGGAAUUCUUUGUUGAUGGGUAUUUGGUCACAUUUUCCUUUGAAAUGGUCCCUGCCGACAUGAAGUGGUUGGCUUCAUUUAGUGGAGAGUUAUGCAAUGCUUCCUACUUCUUUUCUAGUUUUGCUAAUGUCAACAGUGACAAUAAGCGGACAGUAAAUGGUACACUUGGUCCUGAGCCAGAAAAUACCUGGCAACCAUGGGCUUAUGAGAGACGGUUAGAGGUAGCUAAGCUAGUGGCAAAAACAAAGGAGACGUUGAGUCACAAAAAUCUUUCCAACUCAACUAGGCGCAACAAAGUCCUAAAUACAAUCAGAGAUUUAGGCUCAAGGCAAGAAUUUGAACCAGUUCUUGGUAGGCUGAUUGAUAAAGCUCAUGCAGAGCCAUUGCAUAAUUCAAACAAUGCAUGGCAGUACAUGCAUGGAAAGAUCUUGCAGGAAGCUGUUGUGAAAUCAAACAUUCCCACAUCAUGCACUGAUGUUUCAACUCUCUCACUUGAUUCACCUUUUAAAAAGUUCCUCUUUGCCCUUAAAGAUGAUGUUAAGGCCUCCAGAUUGUAUAAAAAGAUCUUAAUCUGGUUCAAAAGUGGUAGGUCUAAAAAAUUUGAGUAUCGCUUCACUGGAAAGGAUGCAAGGAUGUUAUCGCACAACUUCAUGUACCUCAUUCAUUCAUUAACCUUGCCAAAUGAUUCCAAGCAGUCUCAGCUUCGGUUAGCCACAUUAGCAUUUUGCUGCCUAAAGCUGCGUGAUGCUGUCUCUUUGUUCUCUAGAAUUGUUGUUGAUAAUGCAAGUGUCAUUGGUGAUUUGAAAAAAUGUUGUUUGCAAUUUUUUAAUGCUGUUUCUUUGAUGUUGGCAGAUGUCAGUCCUACUAUAUGGACUAUUGGUUAUGCAAUUCCUUGCAUUUUGAAUUGA